CCUCACGACAUGUCCGAAGCAACCUCUGCUCUUCGACAGCGCACACCGGCAAAUGAGAGGGACGGCGCGGAUUUAGCUACGAAAGCAUCCGUCUCGCAGCGUUCUCCAUCCCUUCCUUUUCCGUACAAUCAUGUUCCAUGGCUGUACCCUAUCGCUUUCCCAACGGAGACAGAAACUGGCAUACCGAUUUGUUACGUGAUCGACACCAUGAAAGGCCUGACACUAGUGGUUUGCUUAUUCUGGAUGGCGCGGUUCGCCGCGUGGCAAAAUGCAGCUGCUGUGGUGUACACAGCCAUUCAUGGCACAUACGGAAUCCUUUGGAUGACGAAAUCUCGAAUGUUUCCAGAUCCAAAGUGGACAAAGCGGUAUCCUCUCUGGUAUUCAGUGCUGAUUGCGUCCAUGCUUGCUGGAUACUGGAUCGGGCCAUACCAUCUCAUGCGUAGUGGCAAGUCGGCUCAUCCUGUCGUCAUUUUUUUGGCGAUAACAGCUUGGGGACUGGGUGUGUUUCUCCAUUUUGGAUCUGAUUUGCAGAAAACGAUUGAAUUGGAGUAUCGAAAAAGACAUCCUACGGACAAGACUGGAAAAGGGCCAGGUCUCAUUACAGAUCGGUUCUUUGCGUACAACCGAAAUCCCAAUUACUUUGGAGAGUUGCUCAUUUACGGAUCUUUUCUGUUACUCUCUCGAGACCCAGCGGCGAUCGCCCUCUUUACAACAGUCUUUAUCUGCAUUUGGAUCCCCAAUAUGGAGCUCAAAGACCAGAGUCUUUCGCGAUACCCUGAAUUCGCCGAGUACAAGAAGAAGACGUGCUUUUUGAUUCCGUUCUUGUGGUGAUGAUGAUUAUAGCAACCGUUUGCAUUUGGUGGUAUAGCUCGUAUCGAGAUGUUUACCGUCCACGCAUAGCAGUUGGGCUGAAUAUGAUAUAUUGUAUAUUUGUAGAUAUAAUGCAUGGCUGUGUAUGCCUCUGUUCCAAUGUUGUUGCCCUGAGCUAGAUUGACAGUUCCCACCGCAUGUGAUUCAUUUUCGAACAAAUGCGAUACAAAUCCUGGUCCGAUACCAACACCGCGACUCGGCCCUUUUCAGAGCCUUUAUGAUGGCUGGCAGAUAUACUACUCCCUACUCUUUGUGCUUGGCUAAUUUCAUUUGUGAUAGAUAUGCUUGACUCUAUCAUGCUAGUGUUAGAACCAUGUGGUUGACAUGGGAGCUAUUGUCAGAUUGCACAUCCACAAGGGUCCCGAGUGUCAGAAUGCCAACACACGUAGAUACAAAAGGAC